GCAUUAUGCAACAUGACCAGUGUGUUAUGCAGCUUAUGCUUCAUUCUGAUCACAUUCCGUCCUUAAUCUGACCAUUCUUCUGAUUCAUGUACUGAAUGGUCCAUCGUACGAGGUGAUCACAUUCAAUUCACAGGAACAAGUCGAUUGUAAUGUGUCACUAAUGACAUCAAGCAGCAGCUACUGUAGUACGGUACACUCCGACUAUCUCUGCCUAUGCCUCCCUCCGGACGAGAUGUGCUCCAGUGAGGCGGGCCUCCGGAGGCGCGACCGGAAGUGGUGGUGGGACAGGGCCUUGGGCCAGGAACACGGCGGACUCGGCGGGGAGAAGCGGGGGCUCGGCGCAGUUGUACGCAGGCAGCGGCAGGGCCACUGCGACACGUUGAGGGGAUGGUGCAUGGGACUCAACGGGGAGGAGCAACGACGUGAGGUUGAGCUCGGCACGAGUGGCGGCGCACGCUCGGUCUCCUCCAGCGGCUCCGACGCCUACAUCCACAACCGCUGGCUGAGGGGCAUCUCCUUCGGGAGCGGGAACUACGAGUUCCACAUCCCCCGCGCGUCUUCGCGGAGGCGCAGCCGGUCGUGUCUUCCGGAGAGGCUGGCGGCGACGAGCGCGUGCGUCCUCUUCUGGCUUGGCUUCAUGGGCCCAUGGUGCUGGCUCAUCGGCGGGUGGAUGCUCACCACGGAGGGCGAGCUCGAGCCGGAGUUCCGGCGCGAUGCGGACGCGAAGGGCGCGAUCCUGCCCCAGGCCGCGAGGGCGAAAGCGCUUAGAACGCUGGCGCCGCUGAAGUGGACGAGAGUCGCGGUGGACGCAGCGGGUGGCGCGUACUCCUCCGGGCGAGUUGACGUUGAUGUUCGGAAUCGUCGCGAGCACUGGCGCCGCCCGCCCAGCACGCGACUGAACGGAGAAAGGGGGGCACCAGCUGGGCUGUCUGCGGCGAAAUGGCUGCGCUGCAGCAUGGCUGAGCGGGUCGUCCUGCGCAAGAGAAAAACGGUGGGCACCGCUCCAGACGCGCUGUGCUGCGAGCAGAGCGUGAGACGACGUUGCCGUGAUACGGCGGGUGGCAAAGACAUACCUGCGAGCAGCGCGUGAGUGUGUGAGCAAGCAGGUGAAUGAGCUAACAAAGAAGAUGAGGAUGUGCCGGCACGAACGAGCGGGCACGCACAAGAGGGCAUGUGAACACGAGAGGACGGGCGUGUGUGUGUGCGAGAGGGCGGGCAAGCCAAAUGCGCGGACAGAUACGCGGGUAUUCGAGUGGGAUGUGCAGAUUGGCCGGCAAGCAAAGGCACUCUACCCAAACUAUGCUUGUGCUCCGACAAACGGGUCUCGACGGUUGUCCACAGGGUUACGUAGGUCGUCCAUGUCGGCGUGAUUGUUAUCUCAUAGCUUGUUCUGGCAGGUACAGUGGAGGACGCAGGUGGGCGGUUGAGUAAACGGGCGGGACAGGGGCUGGAUGUGAACUCGACAGUCAGCGACAGCAGGGGUGAGUCUUGGUUGAGUCU